AUGGAUUUGCUUGAUUCUCAUCACUUUCCUUCCAUGGCUCAUACUCCUGCAUGUGAUCCGGCUCCUGUUUCUCGUUCUCUCGACCGCCUUAGGUCGAAUAUUAUUUCUGAGCCUGGCCCGUCUGCUCCACAUAUACCAGUUUCCCUUAUGGAAACUCCGGAGGAGAUCAUCCCUUUCGACAAAGAAUUCACUGAGCCAGCUGCGGUGGAAUGGAACCUCUCUCUUACGGAUGGGUUUUUUCUGUUCAAAUUCUCUUUAUCGGAAGAUUAUGACAUGGUGUGGUCAAAGGGGGCUUGGUUCUUUCAUGGAAAACCAUUUAUUUUUAAAAAAUGGACAAAAAAUUUCAGCCCAACCAGAGAAAAUUUUACAUCUGUACCCAUUUGGGUUAGGUUUCACAAUCUCCCUCUAAUCUGUUGGAACUCUGAGGGAAUAUCAAAAAUUGCUUCCAAAAUCGAAAUUCCUAUAGCGGUAGAUACCUUAACUGCUGCAAAAACUAGACUAACCUAUGCUAGAGUAUGUAUACAAGUUUCCACUACCUCUUCUUUUCCUGAGAGUGUAGCUGUUGCGAUUGAAGGGGAUGUUAUCAGAAUGCAAAUUCAGUAUGAGUGGAAGGCAAAUCCCUGUGCAUCUUGCGCUUCUUUAGCUCAUCAAACCGUGAAUUGCCCAUCCUCUCAGCCUCCCAAGCAGGAUCCUCCAAUUCAAAACAGGGGUCGUAGCUCCUCAAGGAAUCCUAGGAACCAUAAUCAACACAGGAAAGUCUCGGCAAGAAAUAAUAGGGAGAUCCUAGCAGGGUCUUCUUCUGUUACACGCAAUAUAAUUCCCAAUGUUGUUACUCCCUCUGCUCCCACUCUGGCAUUAGUUCCGUCUCAAGUAAUUUGGGUUCCUAAAGAUAGUGGCAAAAAUGUUGAGGUGGUUGAUCAUGUUGUACAAAUUACUGAAAAAUACUCUGAUAUUCAGGAGAAUCACAACACUGAAGAGAUGAAAGAAUCUACCGAUGAACCUAUCAGAUUUGACAACAUCUCCAUACCAAAUCUCAACUCUCCCAAUAUAGAUGAUAUUGGAGAAACCGAAAUACUACAUUCCAGUGCUCCUAUUCCCACCCCCCCCGUUGCAGGUGUGCAACAAGUUCUCAUCUCUCCAGGAAUCUGA